AUGCGACUAAUGCUGUCGACGAUCUCGUUGUGUCUAGCAGUAAAUGCCGGAGCUGGUCUACUCUACAAUACUUACUUCAUGUAUCUAGGAAUUCAUGGAUUCCCUAAGGAAGCCCAACGGAACCCAUGGUGCUCUGUCGUGAAUACCUUAAUGGUCCCAUGGGAUGCAGCUACAUGCCUACUAAUGGUUGGUGUUGGAGCCGAACGUCUUAUUGCCACAAGAAAACAUCUUUCAAAUGCUGUCAUAUCGAAUAGCGUGAAGGUGAUCUUCUUUCUUGCAAUUGCUGCAGCCGUGUUUGUCACUUUCAACUACUUUAUGAAUUUGACAGACCAAGGAGUGUGCAUAUGUGAUGGCGCAUCGCUGCCGGACCGUUAUGCAAUGCUAUUUCGAAUUUGUGUCUGCACGAUGGUCGAAGUUGGUACGAUUUCCCUAUUCGGCUAUGUGCUUAUCCUCUCUCGAUCUGAAGCCGAUGGCAUGGGCAUUAAUGUUGCAAAGUACUCACUCAGCAAACGAUUUCAGAUACAUGAGACUUACCGUACUACACAAAUGCUUCUCCCAUCUGCUGUACUGCAUGCUGUUCUCUACCUCUCCUAUUUAUGUUUACUUAUACCGGUUAGAAAUAUGAGGGCUGAUCAAUCACUUACCCUGCACCAGUUCAAUUUGUCGACAAUCAUAUUCGCCUUUCCAUCGAUCUAUGGACUUGCACAUCCUUUGAUCUGUCUCAGCCGACACUUCUACCUCAGGCAACGCGUGGAUGAUCUUUUGGCAUCAUUUUUUGGACGGAAUCCGUCUAUAACACUGGAACUUGCACCUGACAAUGGAGAAAAUGCCACAAUGCAUAUCACACCAGAAUUGAGUAGCUCGCACAGUUUUCGAUCAGAACAUGAUCGUCGGGUAGAUUUUCACGUUGCUCCUGAUCGGCAUGCCGAAAUAUUGGCGACAUUUUGGGAUCGACAAGAGGACCAUCGAGGAGCGUUGUAA